AAAGCGGAGAGCGGAGAAAAUGGCGAACCAAAGUCGUUCGCGUCGCGAGGCGGAGGAGACGAGAGCCCGAGGGAGGAGACGCGGGGCCGCAGACGACGGAGCCGACGACGGAGCCGACGGGACCACCGAUGACCGCCGCCCCGGACCUCGCAUGAUCCGAUCUCCCCCUCCCUCUCCGCCCCUUUCAUGCGACGAUCGAAUGCCCGCAAAGCCGGGAGCAACAGGAAAUCCUCCUCCGCCGCCGCCGCCGCCGACGACGACGACCACCGCGACCGACGCCGCAGCAGCGCCAAGGGCGACGGCGACGACGGCCGCGACAUGGAUCCGAUCAAGUUCCACCUCCGCCCCAGCUCCCGAUCCACCAACCUCUUCUCCCGCAACCCUAAGCACCCUCCCAGAUCGAAUCUCUGCCUCCUCUCCUCGGCCCUGGUCGCGCUCGCUCUCCUCCUCUGCUACGCGUUCCUCUCCCCUCGCGGCUUCUCGAUCCUCGCGAGGAGGAAGUACGCGAUCGUGAUCGACGGCGGCAGCACGGGGACGCGGAUACACGUCUUCAGCUACGGGAUCUGGAGCGGAAGCAAUGCGGCCUUCGAUUUCGGGGAAAACGGGCUGGCGUCGCUGCGGGUUAAUCCGGGGUUGUCGGCGUACGCGGAGGAUCCGGAGGAGGCGGGCGCCUCGCUGGCCGAGCUGCUUGGGUUCGCGAAGCGGAAGGUGCCGAGGGAAUUCUGGGGAGAGACCGAGGUCCGGCUAAUGGCGACGGCUGGGAUGCGGAUGCUCGAACGGCGCGUCCAGGAUCAGAUCCUCGACUCAUGCCGGAAGGUUCUACGCGCGUCGGGAUUCCAGUUCCAGGAUGAGUGGGCUUCGGUUAUUACAGGUUCUGAUGAAGGGGUGUACGCUUGGGUGGUUGCUAAUUAUGCACUCGGUGCUCUUGGGGGUGAUCCACGGCACACUACUGGCAUUAUUGAACUUGGCGGGGCUUCUGCUCAGGUUACCUUUUCAUCAAGUGCGCCACUACCUCCUGAAUUUUCAAGAACUGUAAAAUUUGGAAACAUCACAUACAACCUCUACAGCCACAGCUUUCUUCAAUUUGGCCAGAAUGUUGCAUUUGAGUCGUUGAAAGAACUGCUACUUUCUGAAGAAAAGAAUUUGGCUGAUGAGUCUCAUCAAAUGGGGAUGUUAGUUGAUCCUUGCACUCCAAAAGGGUACUCUCAUGCCGAGCAAUUGAAGCUCACACCAGGUGCAGUGGAUGAGAAAGAGAGACUCUUGUCCACUUUUGAUUCCAAGGGCAACUUCUCAGAGUGCAGAUCUGCCGCCUUUAAACUAUUACAAAAGGAAAAAGAUAAGUGUGCUUAUCGGCAAUGCUACAUAGGAUCAACUUUCACGCCCAAGCUUCAAGGGAGAUUUCUUGCUACAGAAAAUUUUUUCCAUACGUCAAAGUUCUUUGGGUUGACACAAAAAGCAGUUCUUUCUGAUUUGAUGUUGGCCGGGGAACAUUUUUGUGGAGAGGAUUGGUCAAUCUUGAAGAAGAGACAUCAUUUGCUCAAUGAGGAAGACUUACUCCGCUACUGCUUCUCUUCAGCCUAUAUUGUAGCCUUCCUUCAUGAUAGUCUUGGGAUUGCUUUGAAUGAUGAUAGGAUUGCAUUUUCUAAUCAGGUAGGGAGUGUCCCUCUGGACUGGGCCCUCGGAGCUUUCAUCUUGCAGGCCACAGGUGCUACGGAUGUAGAGCAGCCCAGCUGGCCCUUCACCGUUGUCAAUAAUCACUCACCCAUCCUACUCUCAUUACUUGCUAUUCUGAUAAUAUCCAUGUUCAUCUCAUGGAUCAUAUCAAAGUGGAGGAAGCCUCAAGUAAAGAUCAUUUAUGACUUAGAGAAGGGACGGUAUACAGUGACUCGGGUGAACAGGAGUUGAUUGUUUCCUUUGAGCAACUAACCAUCUUCUGCAUCCAUACAGUCGGAAGAAAUGAGCCAUGACCGUGCAGUACCACGAUUUUUAGCUAUCUUACUUCCACAUUUUUUAGCGUGAAGUGACUCUCUGAGGACUGAAUGGGGACUCUCAGAUUGUAUAUAGUAGGAUCCUUGCAGGGAUUGUGCAAUGACAUCUUUAGGAGGUCGCGCAUCCUACGUGACCAAUACCAUUCUUUCUUUCCUUUUUUUUUUAUCCUUCUUGGGUGCAUACAGAAAUUUUUAGAAAGCUCAUUCCUAGUCACACCACUGAACAUCAUCCUUGGAAUUAGUGCUUUGUUGUGAAGUAUAAUUUUCUGGGAACCUGGGCCGCCAUAUCUAUCAAUGUACACCAAUUUGUUCACUUAACUUGAGCUUCCAAAUUAUGAACUGGAUCUGGAUGCAAUUCUAUCCUCUCUUUGGGGGGUA